AUGUCCGCGACGGAGCCCCCCGCGGCGUCCGCGCCCGCUUCUAGCGCGCAGCAAGACACCGACCAGAAGGUCGAUGCGUCCUCUACUUCCCCUGAGAACCCCGCGUCUCUAGCCGCUGUAUUGGCCGAGUUACAGCUCGAGCAGGUGCUCAAGACCCUGUGGCGCAGCAGCAGCCACGAGCCCGUCAAGUUCCAGCUCACGCCGACGCACUGCACGGCCCAGGCGCUGGAGAGCAAGCAGCAGACGCUCAACUUGCCGUGGAGCGACGUGCUCGGUGCGCACCUUCUCACGGGCGAUGGUGAGCACGUCCAGACGCCGGUGGACGUCGAUGCAGUGCAGGACGACGCCAAGUUCCUGCUGGGAAUCUUCGCCUGCGUGUGCAAGAGCCACAAGCCCAACACACUGAAGAAACGGAGGCUCGGCGAGUUCUUCUUCCGGUUCAGCGGGAAGCAGGUGGCGCUGGUGCUCAAGCUGCAGAGGGUCAUCAACUUCGUGGCGGACCCGAGGAACCAGGCGACGGUGGAGAAGCUCGAGAGUCUGGACGCGCUGGAGGUCGUGGACAGACCGCAGCGCAAGUUUCUUGUGCUGGUGAACCCUAUUUACGAGAACAAGGUCGCGCCCGUGCUCCGGUUUGCCAAUGUGGAGACGGAGUUGAGGGUCAUGGACCAUGCGAACCACGCCAUGCAGAUCGUCAUGGAGAUCCCGCUGGGUGUCUAUGACUGCGUCGUUGCUGUGGGUGGAGACGGAAGUCUUUAUGAGAUCGUGCAGGGCUUGAUGAAGCGGCCAGACUGGAACUUGGCGAUCCGACAGCCUAUCGGCAUUAUCCCAGGUGGAUCUGGCAAUGGGCUAGCGUACUCCAUUGCGCAUCAGAGCGAGGAGAAGGGCAAACCUGUGAACGCCGCGUUCAUCCUGGCCAAGGGAAUGCCGCACGACCUUGACAUCACGUCGGUGCGCAACGGGAAGGAGACGACGUACUCAUUCUUGUCGCUGGAGUGGGCCUCCAUCGCUGACGUUGACAUUGGGUCGGAGAAACUGCGGAUGUUGGGCGGGCUGCGCUUCACAGUGGCGUUCGUGAACCAGUUGGUGUUCCAACGACCCGAAUACCCAGGCAAGAUCUGGUACCUCGAUGAAGGAGAGAACGAGGAGCCUCCGCACUACUUCGGCAUUCAUGACCCUAACUCCUCGGAGCGUCCGAAGAUGGACCUGUUCGACGGCGAAGCGACUGAGAAGCAGGUGGCCAGCGGUGGCAAGUGGAAGGAACUGGGCGACCAUUUCCGCAUCGUCUGGGUGAUGAACGUAUCGCACGCGGCGUCGGACGCGCUCAUCGCCCCCGGCGCGGAGUUCGAUGACGGAUACAACUACAUCACGUUCAUGGAUGGCACCCACCCGCGCAAGGAUCUGCUGGCGAUGAUGCUGGCUAUUGAGACUGGCGAUCACAUGGACAAGAAGGGAGUGCAGCAGGUGCGCACGCGAGCCUUCAAGCUGGUGCCGGAGCGGUCCACGGACCUCAUGUGCGUGGACGGCGAAGUGGUGGACGGCCCGUACCUCGAGGCACAGGUCCACCGCGGCAUGGCUCGCAUCAUGGCCAUCCCUCGCUGGCAGAGCAAGAGCGAAAACCAGGUGCCUGUGCCCGACGAGCGCAUGCAGCACAUGAUAACCAAGCUUAAGCGUACUAAGAGCGGCACAAUUGAUCGCAGCGAGUUCUACGCCUCGAUCGACGAGAAGCACUCGGAGUUCGGUGAUGCAAUCUUCGCCCUCAUCGAUGAGGACAACAGCGGCGUCCUCGACUUCAGCGAGUAUGUCGAGGCUCUGGGCAAGUUUUGCCUGCUGAACAAGGAAGACAUGCUCAAAUUCUGCUUCAACGUGUUCGACGACGACAGGAACGGCACGAUCGAAGGUGAGGAACUGACGCACCUGCUCGAUAUCCUGCACGCAGACGAGCAGACCAGCAACAUGAAGCACGCGCUCAAGACCUUCGACUUCAACGGGGACGGCAAGAUCGACUUUGCCGAGUUCAAGCAGCUCAACACGCAGUUCCCCAGUCUGCUGUACCCGGCCUUCCGUAUCCAGCAGAACAUGAAGAUCUUCACGCUGGGCGAGAAGUGGUGGGAGCGCAAGAUCGAGGAGCUGGUGACGGAGCACCAGGACAAACUCGCCCAGCAGGCAGCCGCCGAGAACGUCGAGGACCUGAGCGACGAGGCCUUGAAGGCCAAGAAGGCGGAGAUGGAGCGCGUCGCCAAGCUCAAGCGGCAGGAGCAGGCCAUCCGCAUCCGCAUGGGCUGCAUGUACUACACGUGCUGCCCGUGCCGACGACGGCUCUACAUCAUCGACGACGAGCAUCCUGAAGACAGCGACAGCGACUCGGACGAGGAGCGAGCGCGGCGCAAGGCGGUGGCAGCCGCCAAGAAGGGCAAGAAGGACGGCAAGAAGAAGAACAUUGUGCCUGUCGGUCCUCGGAAGCCUCUGAGCCAGGAGGAGCGGCUCGAGCGAGCUCGGAAGCGGAGGCUGCGCGAUAUGCAGGACCGACCCACGCGCAAGGACUGA